AUGCUUUCUCUGUGUCUAUCUUUCUCUAUCUACACGCUGUCUUCCUCCUCCUCACCCUUACAUGCUUUCUCUUUCACUCAAUCAACCCCUUGUCACUCUUACACGGUUUCCGUUUUCUCUCUUUCUCCCUCUUGCACGCUAUCCUCCUCCUCAUUUUUCUCUCUUUAUUCAUCUAACACGCUAUCUUCCUCCUCACCCUUACACGAGAGCUCUUUCUCUCACAUACACGCUGUGUUCCUCCUCCUCUCUCAUACACGCUUUCUCUUUUCUUUCUCUCUCCAUCUAAUACGUUAUCUUUCUCCUCCACACAUUUACACGGUUUCUUUUUCCUCUCUUUCUCCAUCUAACAAAAUAUUUUUCUUCACCUCAGUCUCUUUUUCCUUCUUUGUCCAAAAAACACGCUAUCAUCCUCCUUCUCACUCUUACACACUUUCUUUUUCUCUCUUUCUCUCUCUUACACGCUAUCUUCCCCCUUCUCACUCUUACACACUUUCUCUCUUUACGCUUUUAUUUUUUCUCCGUUUCUCCCUCUUAGACGCUAUAUUCCUCCUCCUUCCUCUUAUACACUUUCUUUAUUCUCUCUUUCUCCUUCUUACUCGCUAUCUUUCUCCUCCUCGCUCUUUCAUGCUUUCUCUUUUUUCUUUCUCCCUCUUACUCGCUAUCUUAGUCCUCCUCGCUCUUAAACGCUUUCUCUUUUUCUCUCUCUUACAUUCCUUUUGUCUUCUCUUCACUUAA